AUGAGGAGCUCUUCCUGUUGUGAGAGCUACUGCACUCCUCCCCUAUGCUACCUCCCAUGCCUCCCCAAAUCCAAAGACGAUGCGGAUGCGGGCCAUGACCCAAAGUCUGUGUCUCCGAGCCCCACAGUUAUCGUCGAGGACAAACCGCCGAUGAUCCAGAAGAUCGAGGAAGCUGCUCCUGCGGCAGCGGCGGCAACAACCAGCGUCGAUGGCAUCGGUGAUGAUAAUGACAAGUGCUAUAGGGAGGUGGCGGUGGCUCCCAAGAGCUGCUUAAAGAGGGCUAAUUGCAAGGACAACAGCAAGAUUGCAGCGAAAGGCAAUGUGAAGUGGAGGGAUUUGCUGGGGACGGAUCUCACACAAGUCAAAGUAUUCGAGCCAAGCGAAUCUGGAUGUUGUCUGGACGAUGAAGAAUACAUCGGCGCCUGCACCUGCAUAAUCCAAUGA